AUGAAGAGAAGUUUACAGGCCCUCUAUUGCCAACUGUUAAGCUUCCUCCUGACCUUGGCGCUGACCGAAGCUCUGGCAUUUGCUGCCCAGGAACCAACUCCCAGGGAAUCUCUUCAGGUCCUGCCUCUCAGCACCAUGGUGACCCCACCGCUCAGCUCCACCGGCCGCUCCGCCCUGGUGGCCGCCACCUCCAGGGUGACCUUGAGCCCCCGUCCCGAUGGGCCCUUCUCACAGGCCGAAGCCGCCGUGGCAGCAGCAACACCCUCUCCAGAGGGACACCCUCCUGCAAACACCACCUCCAUCACCGUGGCCACAGCCACCGCCCACCGCGCCAACCGCCCCCUGAGCACAGGGCCCCUUCCUGCCACCAGGGCCCCAGCCUCCUCCCGCCCAGAGGGCCGCCCCCUGGGAGAGGCUGGGCCCACCAUCCCGAUGACAAAUCCGCCUGCAGCCACCAGCCGCCCCAGCCCAGCGCCCACCCGGGGGGCCACACGCAGGCCCCCCAGACCCGCCGGCUCCACCCGCAGGGGGGCUGGCGCCUCCUCCCGCCCCGCCCUGCCCACCCUCGGGGGCCCCUCGGGGAGAAAGGAAGGCCCACGGGGCAGGAACCAGAGCUCCGUGCACCUGGGGCAGAAGCAGCCCCCGGCGAGAGCCUUCCCCGUCUUCAGAGGCAACGCCAUGGGGUCCGCGGAGCCCGAGCCCUCCACCCUCACCCCCUGGAAUCACUCCUCCUCGCCACAGACCCAGACCGUGGCCGCAGCCACGGCGCCCAGCAGGACCACAUGGGCACCGGGCACCACCCCCUCGGAGCGCACGGAAGCCACGCCGGGCCUCAGAGCGGAUCAGGGGGAAGGUCCGACCCUCACCAGCCCAGGAGGGCAGCCGCCGGACGCCGCCACGGACUCAGGCGCCCCCGCCAGCCCGCCCCCCGCCCCAGUGCCUUCUCUGCGCCCUCGCGGCGCCCCCCACGGCAGCUCCAGCCGCAGUGACUCCGGGCUCGCUGUCACCCCUGGGACCGGCCGGCCUCCGUCCGCCAGCUCGGGGGGCUCCAGGGCCGCCCCGGGGCCCACCCAGGCCGCCUUCGAUGCCAGCGUCUCAGCCCCUCCCGAGGGGCUUCCUCAGGGAACAUCCUCAGCGACACCCUCCGCCCUGGGAACCCCGGCUCAGCCCCCCGGGCCCUCGGAAAGCACUGUCUCCCUGUCGGCCGGGGAGGAGGCUGUGGCCGCCGCCAGCGUGACCGCCCGGCUGCCCCGUCCUCUGACCACAGCGGUGUCCACGGCCACAGGGAACUUCCUCAACCGCCUGGUCCCCGCGGGCACCUGGAAGCCGGGCCCCGCCGGGAACGUCUCCCACGUGGCCGAGGGGGACGCGCACAGAGCCACCAUCUGCCUGAGCAAGAUGGACAUUGCCUGGGUGGUCCUGGCCAUCAGCGUGCCCAUCUCCUCCUGCUCCGUCCUGCUGACCGUGUGCUGCCUGCGGAGGAAGAGGAAGGCGGCCAACCCCGAGAACAACCUGAGCUACUGGAACAACGCCAUCACCAUGGACUACUUCAACAAGCACGCCGUGGAGCUGCCGAGGGAGAUCCAGUCCCUCGAAACCUCCGAGGACCAGCUCUCAGAGCCGCGCUCCCCAGCCAACGGUGACUACAGAGACACGGGGAUGGUCCUCGUCAACCCCUUCUGCCAGGAAACGCUGUUUGUGGGGAACGACCAGAGCUCAGGUCCCGCUGGAGUCCAUGUGCACACAGCCAAGGCACCCGGGGGAGAGGACGGCAGAGCCAUCACUGAAGCAGGACGCAGACGGGCACCACUGACUGAGUGUAACCCCUCUGAGCAGGCCGGGGUCCCCCGAAGUUCAUCCUGA